AUGUCAUCCAUUCCUUCCAGUUGCAACGACUCCUCUCCGACUCUUCAAAAUGGCAGCAAAACAAGAGAUUUUGCCAUUGUUUUUGAUAUUGAUGGUGUUCUUAUUCAUGACGGAACAGUCAUUGAAGGCGCACCAGAAAUUUUGAAAUCUCUCUACUCUCAUCAUAUUCCUUACGUUUUACUCACCAAUGGAGGUGGAGAGAGUGAGGAAAGUAGAGCUCAAAGACUUUCUAAAUUAUUUGGAGUUGAAAUUGAUGCAUCCAGAAUUAUUCUUUCACACACUCCUUUAAAUAGAAAAUCCGGAAAAGGAAUGUUCAAUACAGAAUAUCACCAAAAGAUUUUACAUAUUGGCAGAAAUGAUGAAGAAAUUGAUCGAAUUUUAGACAAUUAUGGAUACACAAAUAGAAUAUCUUUAACACAAUUUGCUGACCAAUAUCCUUUUUUAUUGCCAUAUUCUCGGAAAGAUCAUGAAAAUUAUUAUAAAUUUUCACAUGAAGAACAAUUAGAAAUGUCAACAAAGGAUGAACCUAUUGAUACCAUCAUUUUAGUGGAUACUCCAGUUGACUGGUUAGAAUCUUUACAAGUUUGUUGUGAUUUAAUUCUUUCGGAUGGAAGAGUUGGUCAUUUGUUGGAUUAUUCAAAAGAAGGAACUGAACAAAAAGUGAAAGUGAAAGUUUGUAAUCCAGAUUUAGUGUAUCAAGGUGUCGCUUGUCGACCAAGGUUUACAAUGGGAGCAUUUAUUGAGUCUUUAGAUGCUUUGUUUUAUAAUAUGAAUGGCAAGCAACAACAUUUGAAAUGUGAAUAUUUUGGAAAACCAUGUAAGGUUACCUAUGACUAUGCAAAAAAUGUUCUCAUUGAACAAUUUAAAUCUUAUCAUUCAGGUCAUGAGGAUAGAAAUUCUGUAGAUGAUCUCACAAUAUAUGCUAUUGGUGACAAUCCAUUAAGUGACAUCAAAGGUAUGUUUUAA